AUGAAAUUGCAGGCACUGCGCAAAUCAGGACUUGCUGUCAAUGUUAUCGUUGCAAGGGCCAUCAUGUUAGCAGUUCUCAAUGACGAAGUGCCUCAAGUACUUAUGACAUUCAAGUGUUCUGAGGUUGGGACACGUGUUUUCGCUAAAAUUCCUGGGGAUGCUGAGGACAGAUGUGAGGAGGCUUUUUUCCGACUCGUCUACAUCAUGAAAUGGCACACAGUUCCUCCAAAACUACUUGUUGGAUUCGACCAAAUUGGUAAUUACAUCCUUCCAAGUAGUGGUACAACCUUCGCAGAGCGUGGAUCAGAACAAGUUGACAUUGUGGCGAAAGACGAGAAGCGUGCAUACACAUUGCUGGUGGCAAGCACUCCUGAAGGCACAUUCCUUCCCUUCCAGCAGGUGUGGUCUGGAGCCUCAGAGCGAUCUUUGCCAUCAGUGGGUGCCCUUGGGAUGAUGGAAGCAAAGGAACGAGGCUUUGAUUUUGCCUUUGCAAAGAGUGAUAAGAAGGGAAGCCAUUACAGCACGCUAAAAACAAUGAAAGAAUGGGUCGAAAAUGUUUUUGAACCUUACCGCUGUUCUGUCAUUGAAGCAGACCCUGAUCUCGAUAAUGACCAGGUUUCCAUUAUUUACCUUAACUGCUAUCCCGUGCAUGCUGGCAAAGAGUUUCGUACAUAUGUCUUUGAGACUUUCCCAUACAUCAUUCUAUGCUUUGUACCUGCAAAUUGUAAGUGA